AUGGGACUGUUCGGCCAUUCCACCUCCCAAUCCGUCCUCCUCGAGCCCUUCCACCCGCCCAUCGGCCUCAAUGCCGCCUUUUGCAUGCCCCACGUCGAGACGCUCGUCAUGAAGGAGAAGAUGUGGAGUUUCAGUGGCGACGAUUUCAGUAUUCAGAAUUCGGCGGGGCAGGAUGUGGUGCGGUGUCAUGGACAGGCGUUUAGUUGGCGGGAUCGCAAGGAAUUUAAAGACGCGCGACAAAUGCCACUGUUCACCGUCCGUAAUAAAGUACUCGCGUUCCACAAGACGCAGUUGAUCGAGGCUAUGGACGGCACUGAUCUUUGUACGGUCAAGAAGAAAUUCUCUAUCGGCUCCUCACGCAUGAUCGCCUCCUUCCACAACCUCGCCUCCGCGAACGCUUCCUCCUCCUCUCACGACCUCAUCGAACUGGAGUGUAAAGGCGAUUGGUUCGAUCGAUCCGCAAUAAUAACCCUUCUCGGCACCGAACGCGUCGUCGGCCAGAUAUCGCGCAAGAUCUUGAAUAUGAGAGAGGUCAUUGGUGGGCAGCAGACUUACGCAGUAACAAUCGCACCAGGCGUCGACGUCGCGCUCAUGGCGGCGCUUUGUGUAUGUUUCGACGAGGCAUUUAAUGAGUCGCAGAAUUAG